AUGGAUACACGGGUGAAGCUGAACAGGUCAGAUGGAAGUCCUCCGGUAGAUGCAACACUAUACAGGAGUGCAAUCGGAAGUCUGAGGUAUUUGGUGAACACUCGACCCGAUCUUGCAUAUUCAGUUGGAAUUGUAAGUCGUUUCAUGGAAGCCCCAACAACGAAAGAUCUAGAAGCUGUGAAACAGAUAUUGCGUUAUGUGAAAGGCACCUUACAUCAUGGGUGCAUAUACAACAAGGUGGAAGAGGAUGAGUUCAAGCUAGUAGGCUAUAGCGACAGUGACUUAGCUGGAGACGUGGAUGAUCGGAAAAGCACGAUAGGGGUAAUCUACUUCCUUGGACAAAGUCCUAUCACCUGGAUUUCUCAGAAGCAGAAAGUUGUAGCCUUAUCCUCGUGUGAAGCCGAGUAUAUUGCUGCAACAGCAGGAGCUUGUUAA